AUGUUUCGUAACAGACAAUCUUCGCAAAAGCCUUCAGAUGAGCUUUUUGAACGUUUUAGACAAUCGUUUCCCGGCGUUCGUGUAGGGUCCACCGGCGCCGCAAAUGAUUCACAGACAAUAACAAGUCUUGAUGGCUCCACACUCAACCAGCCAAGAUUCGGGCAUGAACACGAAGAUCUUGACCCAACUCCUCGAGCUCCCUCGGAACCCUUUCGCUUCACUCCCUCACUCCUAGAUCCAAACUCGUCGGCGUUUGCAGCGUUCGCAAACCAACCUCCGCCGGGAUUGUUUACACCGACACCUGGGGGCGGAAGUACCCUGUAUAACUCUCAUUCUCACCAUGAUCUUCAAACCCCAAACAUAGGAAUAAGUAUAGGGACUCCCUUAUCCAUGCCCAACACAGCUACUGCGAUGCCUCGUCCAACCGCUUCCGAGGAUGAUUACAAUACGCAAACGAUACAGCCACAUCAAUUCCAAAACUACCAGCCUUUUACACAAUCGCUGCACGCUGGAUAUCUAGAUCCUUCACACUUUCAUCCAAGGCCACCAUCAGGCCCGGGAAGCCCUAUGGACGUGGGCGAGACUGCCGAUGGAUUAGAAGCAGGGCCUUUGGACGGACCACAGAUGGAUUCUAGUGCUUUAAUGUCAUUGGAGGGAAAGCAGUAUGACCAUGAGCUUGCGCCAGUUUCUUCAGCCGAGAGAUUCCGCUUCCACGUUGUUUUGAACGCACCAACAGCGAUGAUAAAACACCCCGACGAAAUUCCAGUGACAUACCUUAACAAAGGUCAAGCAUAUGCAAUCUCUAUUCUCGACACUAACCCCCCAGUACCUAGUGCACUGACUGGCCCCGUCCGAUACCGCACCUAUAUCCGCAUUUCCUUUCACGACGAGACCCAGCGCUCCCGACCUGCAUCGUGCUGGCAACUGUGGAAAGAAGGUCGCGGCGCAAACGAGGCGCACCAACGCGGCGGGAAGCUCCAGGCCGUCGAGUAUGUAGAUCCCUCCUCACCAAAAGAAGACGAUAAGAAGGCGAGAGUCGAGAUCGAGGCGGCAUCGUUCGAUAGUUUUGUGGUUAUCUGGUCUCCUGGUACAUCGGGCGUGGCAGAGACUUCGGUGUCGGUGCGCUUUAAUUUCUUGUCGACGGAUUUUAGUCACUCAAAGGGUGUCAAGGGAAUACCAGUCCGGCUUUGUGCAAAGACUGAGGUUAUCUCUUCAGGCUCACCUCAUUGUCCAGUCGAUAAGCCUGAGGUGUGUUUCUGCAAAGUCAAGCUUUUCCGUGACCAUGGCGCAGAGAGGAAGUUGGCGAAUGAUAUCCUGCAUGUCAAGAAGACCAUAGAGAAGCUGCGACAGCAGGCCAACCAGGUCGAGGGUACGGGAAUGAAGAUUUUCGGAAAGAAGAAUAAGAAGGAGGAGGAGGUAUCUGGGCGGCCCGGAAAGGUUCCAAGACAUAAGAGGACAUGGUCAAUGUCUUCUGCGAGCUCAGUGGGAGGUGGUAGAUCACAGGAGGAAGACACAAAUGCGAAAUUGGCAAGUCUACAGGACAUGUUUACUAGCACUAGGGCCGUCAGCGUUCUAUACUUACGUGGGAGCGAUCUGGACGACCCGGAUAUCAACCCUGUGCACCUACCGGGUGAAGCUCCUGAAUUGGCAGACGAUAUCUGGGCCCGGAGAAGGUCGAGCGUUGCUACGACGAACACUACAGCAUCAUCGUUUGUGUCGCCAACUCCGAGCUCUGCAUCGUUGUCAAGUCAGCAUGGUGAUGGGUUUAGUUCCCCAGAAAGACGGGAAUGGGAGAGGGGCUUCCAGCCUCUACCACCUCCUCAGCAGAAUAAUAUUGGCUCAGAGAUUCCAAUUCGUGUAAAGACAAGCAACGAUACUGGUAUGCUUUCGGGAUGGAUCGAAGCGAUUGGGAUUGAUUCCACUUAUAUCCCCCCCGCAGAAAAAGCAAGCAAGGCUGUUAUGUCAAUCUACAUUCUUCCCACGGCCCUUGGAUCCCCACAGAAUGGCCAAAUAUACCGCGCAGUCUAUCUCCAGGCCCGAACCGCGCAAUGUUUAACCUCCAGUAUCGCUGCUAAAUGUGGCAUCGAUCCUGCCACUGUUCUACGCACUGUUCACAUGAGCAGUCGUGGCCUCAGUAUCUUUGUGGACGACGAGUUUGUACGUGAAAUGGCAGAGGGACAAGACAUGAAAGUCCAGGCCGUUGAGAUUCGUGAGGAGUCACCCUUUGCAUCCCCACCACAGGAGUGGGCGAACAGUCCCGAGGAAUCCCAAGAUGGAGAAGGGAACUUGAAGAAUGGUGCACCGCACGGGUGGGAGUUGAGACUGCUUUACUAG